AUGGGGUGUGAGGGAUAUGGUCAUCUCCGAAGAAGGCAAAGCUGGAAGGAGAAGGUGUCUGUGGCUGGCAGCAGUGAUCGUGCCACUGCCGACCAGGACAUGGACACGGAAGUUGAAGUGACUGAGACUGUUGACAGCCAGUCCUCUGAGACUAAGGUGUUGAGGAGUCAACCAGGUGUUGAGGACUCACAGACGAGUGUUGAAGACUCGCAGCCAGGUGUUGUAGUGCUGAGGACUCAGACAGCUGUUGAGGACCCACAGCCAGGUGUUGAAGACUCGCAGCCAGGUGUUGUAGUGCUGAGGACUCAGACAGCUGUUGAGGACCCACAGCCAGGUGUUGAGAACUCACAGCCAGGUGUUGAGGACUCGCAUGCCAGGUGUUGUACUAUUGAGGAAACACAGCCAGGUGUUGAGAACUGGUAUGCCAGGUGUCAUAGUGUUGAGGACUCACAGCCAGAUGUUGGGGACUCACAGCCAGGUGUUGAAGACUCGCAGCCAGGUGUUGAGGACUCACAACCAGGUGUUCCAGACUCACAGUCAGGUGUUGAGAAUUCACAUGCCAGGUGUUAUAGUGCUGAAGACUCACAACCAGGUGUUGAGGACUCACAACCAGGUGUUAAGGACUCACAUGCCAGCUGUUAUAGCGUUGAAGACUCACAUCCAGGUGUUCAGAACUCACACCCAGGUGUUGACGACUUACAGCCAGGUGUUAUAGGUGUUGCAGACUCACAGCCAAGUGUUGAGGACUCACAGCCAAGUGUUGAGGACUCACAGCCAGGUGUUGAGGACUCACAUGCUUGGUGUUCGUGUGUUGAAGACUCACAUGCCAGGUGUUAUAGUGUUGAAGACUCACACGGGUUGAGGACUCAGAGCCGGGUGUUGAGGACUCAAAGCCAGGUGUUAAGGGCUCACAUGCCAGGUGAUGAGGACUCACAGCCAGGUGAUGAGGACUCGCAGUCAAGUGUUGAGGACUUACAACCAGGUAUUGAGGGCUCAAAUGCCAGUAUUGAGGAAACACAGCCAGGUGUUGAGAACUGGUAUGCCAGGUGUCAUAGUGUUGAGGACUCACAGCCAGAUGUUGGGGAUUCACAGCCACGUGUUGAAGACUCGCAGCCAGGUGUUGAGGACUCACAACCAGGUGUUCCAGACUCACAGUCAGGUGUUGAGAAUUCACAUGCCAGGUGUUAUAGUGCUGAAGACUCACAACCAGGUGUUGAGGACUCACAACCAGGUGUUAAGGACUCACAUGCCAGCUGUUAUAGCGUUGAAGACUCACAUCCAGGUGUUCAGAACUCACACCCAGGUGUUGACGACUUACAGCCAGGUGUUGCAGACUCACAGCCAAGUGUUGAGGACUCACAGCCAAGUGUUGAGGACUCACAGCCAGGUGUUGAGGACUCACAUGCUUGGUGUUCGUGUGUUGAAGACUCACAUGCCAGGUGUUAUAGUGUUGAAGACUCACACGGGUUGAGGACUCAGAGCCGGGUGUUGAGGACUCAAAGCCAGGUGUUAAGGGCUCACAUGCCAGGCGAUGAGGACUCACAGCCAGGUGAUGAGGACUCGCAGUCAAGUGUUGAGGACUUACAACCAGGUAUUGAGGGCUCAAAUGCCAGGUGUUGUAGUGUUGAGGACUCACAGUCAGAUACUCCAGCCUCCAGUGUUACUCCAGCCUCUUGCGAUACUCCAGCCUCAGGUGAUAUCCCAGCCUCAGGUGAUAUUCCAGCCUCAAGUGAUACUCCAGCCUCCAGUAUUAUUCCAGCCUUCAGUGAUACUCCAGCGUCCAGUGAUACUAAAGCGUCCAGUGAUACUAAAGCCUCCAGUGAUACUCCAGCGUCCAGUGGUAUCCCAGCGUUCAGUGACGCUCCAGCAUCCAGUGAUACCCCAGCCUCCAGUGAUACUCCAGCGUCCAGUAAUACUCCAGCGUCCAUGAUACUAGCAGCCUCGACUGAAACUCCAGCCUCCAGUGAUGCUCCAGCCUCCAAUGAUACUCCAGCCUCCAGUGAUACUUCAGACUCAAAUGAUACUACAGCGUCCAGUGACAUUCCGGCCUCUAGUGAUACUCCAGCCUCCACCUCCAGAAAUACUCCAGCCUCUAGGGAUACCCCAGCCUCCCGAGAUACUCCAGCCUCCAGAGAUACUCCAGCCUCUAGUGAUACUCCAGCCUGUAGAGAUACUCCAGCCUCCAGUGUUACUCUUGCCUCCAGUGGUACUCCUGCCUCCAGUGAUACUCCAGCAUCCAGUGAUACUCCAGCCUCCAGUGAUACUCCAGCGUCCAGUAAUUCUCCAGCGUCCAGUGAUACUCCAGCCUCUAGUCAUACUCCAGCCUCCAACGAUACUCCAGUCUCCAGUGUAAAUCGAGCCUCUAGUGAUACUCCAGCCUGCAGAGAUACUCCAGCCUCUAGUGUUAAUCCUGCCUCCAGUGAUACUCCUGCCUCCAGUGAUACUCCAGCGUCCAGUGAUAUUCCAGCUUCCAGUGAUGCUCCAUCGUCAUGUGAUACUCCAGCCUCAAGUGAUACUCCAGCGUCCAGUGAUACUCCAGAUGGCAGUGAUACUUCAGACUCAAAUGAUACUACACUACAGCCUCCAGUGAUAUUCCGGCCUCGAGUGAUACUCCAGUCUCCAGUGAUACUGCAGCCUUUAUUGAUACUCCAGCCUAAAGAGAUACUCCAGAAACAAGUGAUACUCCAGCCUCCAGUGAUAUUCCAGCGUCCACCUGCAGAGAUACUCCAGCCUCUAGUGUUAAUCCUGCCUCCAGUGAUACUCCUGCCUCCAGUGAUACUCCAGCGUCCAGUGAUAUUCCAGGUGAUACAACCAGCCUCCAGCAAUACUCCAGCCUCUAGUGAUACUCCAGCCUCUAGAAAUACUCUAGCCUCCAGUGAUACUCCAGCUUCCAGUGAUGCUCCAUCGUCAUGUGAUACUCCAGCCUCAAGUGAUACUCCAGCGUCCAGUGAUACUCCAGAUGGCAGUGAUACUUCAGACUCAAAUGAUACUACACUACAGCCUCCAGUGAUAUUCCGGCCUCGAGUGAUACUCCAGUCUCCAGUGAUACUACAGCCUUCAGUGAUACUGCAGCCUACAGAGACUCCAGAAACCAGUGAUACUCCAGCCUCCAGUGAUAUUACAGCCUCCAGCGUCACUGCAGGUGAUACUCCAGCCUCCAGUGUUACUCCUGUCUCCAGUGAUACUCCUGCCUCCAGUGAUAUUCCAGCAUCCAGUGAUACUCCAGUGAUACCUCAGCCUCCAGUAAUACUCCAUCCUACAGUCAUAUCUCCAGUCUCCAGUGAUACUCCAGCCUUCAGUAGUACUACACCGUUCAGUGACACUCCAGCCUCCAGUGAUACUCCAGCCUCCGGUGAUGCUCCAGCUUCCGGUGAAACUCCAGCCUACAGUGAUAUUCCAGCAACCAGCGAUACUCCAGCCUCCAGUGAUAAUACAGCCUCGAGUGAUACUGCAGGUGAUUCUCCAGUCUCCAGUGAUACUGCAGCCUCCGGUGUUACUCCAGCGUCCAGUGAUACUCCAUCGUCCAGAGAUACACCAGCUACCAGUGAUAUUACCAGCGUCCGUGAUACUCCAGCGUCCAGUAAUAUCCCAGCCUCCAGUGAAACUCCCGCCUCCAGUAAUACUCCAGCGUCCAGUGAUACUCCAGUCUCCAACGAUACUCCAGCUUCCAGUACUUGUUCAUCCUCCAGUGAUACUCCAGCGUCCAGUGAUAUUCCAGCGACCAGUAAAACUCCAGCGUCUAGUGAUAAUCUAGCCUCCAUGAUACUCCUGCCUCCAGUGAUACUCCAGCGUCCAGUGAUAUUCCAGGUGAUACAACCAGCCUCCAGCAAUACUCCAGCCUCUAGUGAUACUCCAGCCUCUAGAAAUACUCUAGCCUCCAGUGAUACUCCAGCUUCCAGUGAUGCUCCAUCGUCAUGUGAUACUCCAGCCUCAAGUGAUACUCCAGCGUCCAGUGAUACUCCAGAUGGCAGUGAUACUUCAGACUCAAAUGAUACUACACUACAGCCUCCAGUGAUAUUCCGGCCUCGAGUGAUACUCCAGUCUCCAGUGAUACUACAGCCUUCAGUGAUACUGCAGCCUACAGAGACUCCAGAAACCAGUGAUACUCCAGCCUCCAGUGAUAUUACAGCCUCCAGCGUCACUGCAGGUGAUACUCCAGCCUCCAGUGUUACUCCUGUCUCCAGUGAUACUCCUGCCUCCAGUGAUAUUCCAGCAUCCAGUGAUACUCCAGUGAUACCUCAGCCUCCAGUAAUACUCCAUCCUACAGUCAUAUCUCCAGUCUCCAGUGAUACUCCAGCCUUCAGUAGUACUACACCGUUCAGUGACACUCCAGCCUCCAGUGAUACUCCAGCCUCCGGUGAUGCUCCAGCUUCCGGUGAAACUCCAGCCUACAGUGAUAUUCCAGCAACCAGCGAUACUCCAGCCUCCAGUGAUAAUACAGCCUCGAGUGAUACUGCAGGUGAUUCUCCAGUCUCCAGUGAUACUGCAGCCUCCGGUGUUACUCCAGCGUCCAGUGAUACUCCAUCGUCCAGAGAUACACCAGCUACCAGUGAUAUUACCAGCGUCCGGUGA